AUGACUGAACCCACCAAGAUCAGUAUCCUGGGCCGGGAGAGCAUUGUUGCUGAUUUCGGCCUGUGGCGCAAUUACGUCGCGAAGGACCUGAUCAGUGCCUUGCCCUCCACCACCUACGUCCUCAUCACCGAUACCAACCUCGGGUCGAUCUAUACCCCUACCUUCCAAAAGACCUUCGAGGCUGCCACCGCAUCUAUCUCUCCUGCCCCGCGACUACUCGUCUACCAUGCCUCGCCCGGCGAGAGCUCCAAGUCCCGGCAGACAAAAGCCGACAUUGAAGAUUGGAUGCUGAGCCAAAACCCACCAUGUGGGAGAGAUACGGUGGUCAUCGCAUUGGGCGGUGGUGUGAUUGGUGAUCUGACUGGAUUUGUUGCGGCAACCUACAUGCGCGGUGUUCAGUAUGUGCAGGUCCCCACCACCCUCCUCGCCAUGGUGGACUCCUCAAUUGGAGGAAAGACUGCCAUUGAUACGCCUCUCGGCAAGAACCUUAUUGGCUCCAUCUGGCAACCGUCGAGAAUUUAUAUUGAUCUUGAAUUCCUUGAGACGCUCCCCGUCCGGGAGUUCAUCAACGGUAUGGCCGAGGUUAUCAAGACCGCUGCCAUCUCCAGCGAGGAAGAAUUCACGGCCCUCGAGGACAACGCAGACCUAAUCCUUGGUGCUGCGCGCAGCGAAGCAAAGCCUGGUCAGGGUCGCUUCGAUGGAAUUCGCGACAUCUUGAAGGCCAGAAUCCUGGCAUCUGCUCGCCACAAAGCUUAUGUUGUGUCUGCUGAUGAGCGCGAGGGAGGUCUUCGCAACCUUCUCAACUGGGGUCACUCCAUUGGACAUGCCAUUGAGGCAAUCCUGACCCCCAAAUUCUUCACGGCGAGUGUGUCGCCAUCGGAGGCAGAGCUUGCACGCCACCUGGGCAUCCUGAAGGGCGUUGCCGUUGCUCGUGUCGUCAAAUGCAUUUCCGCUUACGGCUUGCCUACUUCCAUGAAGGAUGCCCGGGUUCGUAAGCUGACCGCCGGUAAGCACUGCUCUGUGGACCAAUUGCUGUUCAACAUGGCACUGGAUAAGAAGAAUGAUGGCCCCAAGAAGAAGGUUGUUCUCCUGUCGGCCAUUGGCCGUACUCAUGAGCCCAAGGCCAGCGUUGUUUCCAACGCGGACAUCGGCGUCGUCCUUGCCCCCAGCGUUGAGGUUCACCCAGGAGUGGCCCAGGCUCUUAAUGUCACCUGCGCACCCCCUGGAUCCAAAAGUAUCUCCAACCGAGCCCUUGUGCUUGCUGCGCUUGGCUCUGGAACCUGUCGCAUUAAGAACCUUCUGCACUCCGACGACACUGAGGUCAUGUUGAAUGCCUUGGAGCGCCUUGGCGCAGCUACUUUCUCCUGGGAGGAGGAAGGUGAGGUUCUUGUUGUCAACGGCAAGGGCGGCAACAUCGUUGCGAGCCCUUCGCCCUUGUACCUGGGCAACGCUGGAACUGCCUCCAGAUUCCUCACUACUGUGGCAACUCUCGCUACCCCCAGCACCGUCGACUCAAGUGUCCUGACCGGCAACAACCGUAUGAAGCAACGCCCCAUUGGCGACCUCGUCGACGCUCUCACCGCUAACGGUGCCGACGUCGAGUAUAUGGAGAGCAAGGGCAGUCUCCCUCUUAAAAUUGCCGCUUCCGGAGGUUUCGCCGGAGGCAAGAUCAACUUGGCCGCCAAGGUUUCCUCUCAGUACGUCUCUUCGCUUCUCAUGUGUGCUCCUUACGCCAAGGAGCCAGUCACCUUGAAGCUCGUUGGUGGCAAGCCCAUCUCGCAGCCUUACAUUGAUAUGACCACUGCCAUGAUGCGAUCCUUCGGUAUUGACAUCAAGAAGUCUACCACUGAGGAGCACACCUACCACAUUCCCCAGGCUCGCUACGUGAACCCUCCCGAGUAUGUUGUGGAGAGCGAUGCAAGCUCUGCAACCUAUCCUUUAGCCAUCGCCGCUGUUACUGGCACCACCUGCACCGUUCCCAACAUUGGCUCCAAGUCCCUCCAGGGCGAUGCUCGCUUUGCAGUCGACGUUCUCAGACCCAUGGGCUGCUCAGUCACCCAGUCUGACACUUCCACUACUGUCACUGGACCUGCUGACGGUGUCCUCCAGCCAUUGCCCAAUGUUGAUAUGGAGCCCAUGACCGAUGCAUUCCUCACUGCCUCUGUUCUCGCGGCCGUUGCUCGGGGCCAGGGCUCAAACCACACAACCCGCAUUUACGGUAUUGCCAACCAGCGUGUCAAGGAAUGCAACCGUAUAAAGGCCAUGAAGGACGAACUGGCCAAGUUCGGAGUUGUCUGCCGUGAGCAUGAUGACGGUCUUGAGAUCGACGGUAUCGACCGGUCUACCCUUCGCCAGCCUUCUGGUGGCGUUUACUGCUACGAUGACCACCGUGUCGCGUUCAGUUUCAGUGUGCUUUCUCUCGUGGCUCCCCAGCCUACUCUCAUUCUGGAGAAGGAAUGUGUUGGCAAGACCUGGCCCGGCUGGUGGGACACCCUGAAGCAACUGUUCGGCGUUAAGCUUGACGGCAAGGAGCUCAAGGAAGAUGAGCUUGCUGCCUCAAGUCAAGAGGAGCGGACCAACGCUACUGUCUUUAUCAUCGGCAUGCGUGGCGCUGGAAAAACCACCGCUGGCAACUGGGUGGGCAAGGUCCUUGGCCGUCAAUUCAUUGACCUCGACACCGAGCUUGAGACCGCCGAGGGAACCACUAUUCCUGAAAUAAUUAAGACUCGCGGCUGGCAAGGAUUCCGCGACGCUGAGUUGGCAUGUCUUCAGCGUGCCAUGAAGGACCGUCCCACUGGCUACGUCUUUGCCUGUGGUGGUGGUGUCGUCGAGAUCCCAGAGGCACGCAAGAUGCUUGCUGACUACCACAAGAACAAGGGAAAUGUUCUCCUCAUCAUGCGUGAUAUCAAGCUGGUCAUGGACUUCCUUCAGAUCGACAAGACUCGCCCUGCCUACGUCGAGGACAUGAUGGGGGUGUGGCUUCGCCGCAAGCCUUGGUUCCAGGAGUGCAGCAACAUUCAAUACUUCAGCCAGCACUCGAGCUCUGCUGAGCUCGCUCUUGCCUCGGAAGACUUCGCGCGCUUCAUGCGGGUGGUGACUGGCCAGACUGACAGCCUCGGUCAAAUUAAGAAGAAGAAGCACAGCUUCUUCGUCUCAUUGACCCUUCCCGAUCUCCGCCCAGCCGCUGAUAUCAUCACAGAAGCUUGCGUCGGAUCUGAUGCUGUGGAAUUGCGGGUUGACUUGUUGAAGGACCCGUCAUCAGAAGGCGACAUCCCCUCGGUUGACUACGUUGCCGAACAGAUGUCUUUCCUACGCCGCCGUACCACUCUCCCUCUCAUCUUCACCAUCCGCACCAAGAGCCAAGGAGGUCGCUUCCCUGAUGAUGCUCACGAUGCCGCGAUGCAGCUCUACCGCCUGGCAUUCCGUUCUGGAUCCGAAUUUGUGGACCUUGAGAUUGCCUUCCCAGACGAGAUGCUCCGUGCUGUUACUGAGAUGAAGGGUCACUCGAAGAUCAUCGCCUCGCACCACGAUCCUAAGGGAGAACUCUCUUGGGCCAACAUGUCCUGGAUGCAGUCCUACAACCGUGCUCUCGAGUACGGUGAUGUGAUCAAGCUCGUUGGUGUCGCCAACAGCCUGGACGACAACACCGCUUUGCGGAAGUUCAAGACCUGGGCCGAGGAAGCCCAUGAAACCCCACUGAUCGCUAUCAACAUGGGUGACAAGGGCCAGCUCAGCCGCAUUCUGAACGGCUUCAUGACCCCGGUGUCGCACUCCAGCCUCCCCUUCAAGGCCGCACCCGGUCAGCUCUCCGCAACCGAGAUUCGCCGUGGUCUCUCCCUGAUGGGUGAGAUCAAGGCCAAGAAGUUCGCCAUCUUCGGCUCCCCUGUCUCUGCCUCCCGAUCGCCCGCUCUCCACAACGCCCUCUUCGGCACCAUGGGUCUGCCCCACGAGUACAGCCGCUUGGAGACCACGAAUGUUGAGGACGUCAAGGACUUCAUCGGCGCCUCCGACUUCGGCGGUGCCUCCGUGACCAUCCCUCUCAAGCUGGACAUCAUGCCCCUGCUCGACGAAGUCGCCCAGGAGGCCGAGAUCAUCGGCGCGGUCAACACCAUCGUCCCUGUUGCCAACGGUGACAAGCCUCCUCGUCUGGUCGGCUACAACACCGACUGGCAGGGCAUGGUCCAAUGCAUGCGCAACGCAGGCAUCUACGGCUCAGCAGGCGAUGAGAGUGCCGUAGUCGUUGGCGGCGGUGGUACUGCCCGUGCUGCCAUCUUCGCUCUGCACCACAUGGGCUUCUCCCCAAUCUACGUCGUGGGUCGCAGCGCCAGCAAGCUUGAGGGUAUGGUCUCGACAUUCCCCACCAGCUACAACAUCCGCGUUAUAGACAAUCAUAGCCAGCUGGACAGCGUGCCCCGUGUUGCCAUCGGCACCAUCCCCGCCGACCGUCCCAUUGAUCCUACAGUGCGGGAGACGCUCUGCCAUAUGUUCGAGCGCACCCAGGAGGUCGAUGGUGCCCUCAUUGGCAAGACUCCCGGGUCCAACGACCCCCGUGUUCUCCUCGAGAUGGCCUACAAGCCUGCCGUCACUGCGCUGAUGCAGCUUGCAUCCGAUGCUGGCUGGAGCACCAUCCCCGGACUUGAGGUUCUUGUAGGACAGGGUGUUCACCAGUUCGUUCACUGGACCGGUAUCACUCCUCUGUAUCACGAGGCUAGGGAUGCCGUCAUGGGGAAAAAUCCUGAGUCUCCAUAAGCAUUUGAAGCACCAUAUCUAAUAUCGGUAUCGUGUUUCAUGUCUCGCCAUAUACGGGCGGGAGGGCUAUCAAAAAAGAUUUUCUUCAUUGACUUUCUAUUUUUUCGGAUUGGUUGCAUGCUCUUAGUUAUAUGUGCAAUUCUCUUUACAUACUUCCGGUCAAAUAUGUCAGUCUUCGACGCCAUAACAUAAUUUCAAUACUUCCGUCUCUUCUCAUGUCUAUAAACAAAGUAUUGCAUAUCUCACACCUUGAUCCCGAGGUAUUUAUUGCCCGCUCCUAUAGUACAGUGGCAACUCAAACUCAAUAUUAACAAGAAGUAUUCCUUUCCAAUCCAUCACCAAAAGAAACGC